UGAGCGGGCAUACCACUGCUCCCAGUGUGGGAAGAGUUUCCUCUGCUCGAAUACUCUGAACUCAAAAACCGAGCUCCAGUAUCACUGCUUUCCUUGUGUGAAAUAUUUCACUCAGUCAUUUUAACUGAAGUUGGAAGCAUAUUUGCAGAAACAAACUUUGGCUGGUUUGUAUGAACUAAAAAAUUUUUGUUGACUUUUGUCGCUACCAUUUUAAAUUUUCUUUAUUUUUAUUCCAUAUUCUUUGUCUCUUAAAUGUUAUGUUCUUUUUUUUCUAAUUUUUUUACUUUUGAUUUAUAUAUUUUUAUUACAUUGCUCCAUUUCUUUUACUCUCGUAUUCUGUAAUAAAGGAAGAACUUGGCACACAGUAUAUUGAAAAUCUAGUUUAAUUGGCUUACCUUUCGGUCAAAAUGACCUCCUUCAGAGCAUCUAUCGUAUUCUGUGAAACACUCUGUGAUGCAUCCUAUGUAUGCAGGGUGUUCUACAAAUGGAAAAUUAUAACUUUUUGUGGAGUACUAAUGCUAUGCCAUCCCAGUAAACUGCUGAUCAUUGCAUGUGCAGAACAGGUGCUUAAAGAUAGAUUCUACCUCAAGCCAUGUUUGUUUUGAACAAAUUUGCAAAUAAAUUCCGUUGACAACUUCCGUAACGUUACUAACGUAUAUGACGGAGGAAAACUUGUUGAAGAGCAGUUGACAGUCAAAACCAAAUAUAACAAUAUUGAACGUAGUUUAUUUUUUUAUUGUGGCGUGAUUUAAUGUUCCUUGUCGGACUAUUUGUUUAUAAACACCACGUUCUGCUACUGGUCCAAAAGUGAGUGACAGGAAAGCGGGUCAAUUAAGAGCCAGUUGAUUGUCGAGAGGCGGACUGCAUAAGAAAAAGGAGCAUGCAAGAUAUCCAAGCCUGUGCAGGAGUGUUGGACACCUCCGGGGGAAAUAUUCCUGGCGCCCUCACUGCGCCAAGGUAGUUGUAUCCCGUGAUUGUAUCCUUCACUGAAAAAGGCAAAAGGACGACCGAUCAUUCGCUGGGCAUUUAUUAAUUACACAAAACUAGAUUCAAUCAAUGGUACCACGACUUAUAGUAACCAGGUUUAAUCCUUUCGAGUCACAAAGAGACGAGGGGUGAUGGAAAGAAGGAAGCAUUUCCGCUGCUCCGGUAGGCUAGUAAUAUAAUUUUUCAUUCAUGCUACUGGAGAUGCAUAUUAAACAUCUGUUCGGACGCAUUUCGUCAACAUGCAGAUUCCCGUACAUACGGACACAAAGAUGGAAACGGUACUGUAUGUAGACAGGGACACAGCAACACUUUCCUCCAUGGAUGAAUGCAAGUUGUUCUCUGCAUCCCGCCCUCCCUCGCAAGGAGUGGUGGAUUCUACCAAGCUGACAAACACCGACAACCAAUCAGAUUUCACAUCCAACCCAAUUACAUUUUUAAGCCCCUCCUCUUCAGGCAAAGACAUAAAGGCAGAAUCUGUGAUGGACUGCACAGAUUACACGGGGGUGGAGUCAAGGUCAAGUUUGGACAGAUGUGAAGACAUUGAGGAUAGGACAGAGAGGAAAACUGGAUAUUUGAUGAGCAGAGAGCAACAGGCCAUCCUAACCAACAUGAAGAAAGAAGAGGAGGAAGACUGGGAGCAGCAGAGUGUGAAAAUGGAGAGAGAGGAUGGAGUGAGAGAUGAAGAGGGACUCUGGAAGGAGGAAGAUAAAGAGAGGGAUGAACACAUGGAGGGACAUGUACCCAAUCAAAUAAUCCAAAUUUACAAAUGGGAGGUGCACGACAUAAAAUCAGAAAAUGGACAACAGGGAGGGGAGGAGCCGUCUACUUUGGUCACUUCCUGUCUGCUAAAACAGCCUAGAGUGCUGAUUCAGAGCACAGAGGUUGCAGAUAAUUUACUUCCUGCAUCAUCACCUCCUCAUCCAAUGGCCAGUGAAAGAGGUCAGGGAGCGAGAUCUCCAUGGAUACGGUAUGAGCUCUCACCACUGAGAGGAAACGGAUCUCUGAGACAGAAGAAGGGUCAGGUCAUGACCCGGAAGAGGAAGCCAACUGGCCAAUUGGAGAGACCCCUGGAACUGCUGCCAUCUUCAUCAGAGACCAGGAUCUGUGCUGAAGCCUUCCUUAUUUCUCCUGUCAUCGCCUCCCAGAACCAAAACACAGGACAAGCUGUUGAUGUGCCCUCUCAGGUCUUUGCCUGCUCCCAGUGCCCAUUCGUUUGCACAGAGGAAGUGAAUCUUCAGCAGCACAUUGAGAUGGUUCACCCAGAGGAGCUCAACAGGACUCUGGGGUUCCAACAACCUCCCAGCAGCACACAUCAGCACCCCACCCCCCCUAAGACACUCCCCACCCCGCCACAGUCCCACACAGGCACUCCAGGGGCCCACCCAUGCUCCCAGUGUGGGAAGAGUUUCCGCCAGUCAAGUCACCUGAAGCUACACCAGCGAAUUCAUACAGGAGAGCGCCCAUACCACUGCUCCCAGUGUGGAAAGAAUUUCAGCUACUUAAUCACUCUGAAGGUGCAUGAACGAAUUCACACAGGUGAACACCUAUACUGCUGCUCCCAGUGCGGCAAGAGUUUCACACAAUCAGAUAAACUGAAGGUACACCAGCGAAUUCACACAGGUGAGCGCCCGUACCACUGCUCCCAGUGUGGAAGAAAUUUCAGUCAGUCAAGCCACCUGAAGCUACACCAGCGAACUCAUACAGGGGAACGCCCUUACCACUGCUCCCAAUGUGGGAGGAGUUUCAGUCAGUCAGGUCAUCUAAAGUUACACCAGCAAACUCAUACAGGUGAGCGCCCAUACCACUGCUCUCAGUGUGGGAAGAGUUUCACUCAGGCAGAUAAAAUGAAGGUGCACCUGCGAACUCACACAGGUGAGCGCCCAUACCACUGCUCCCAGUGCGGGAAGAGUUUCAUUAAUCUACAGAAUCUGUCGGAACACCAGCGAAUCCAUACAGGCGAGCGCCCAUACCACUGCUCCCAAUGUGGUAAGAGUUUCGCUCAGUCAUAUCCCCUGAAGCUGCACCAGCGAACUCACACAGGUGAGCGCCCAUACUGUUGCUCCCAGUGCGGGAAGAGUUUUGCUCAGUCCUAUAAUCUGAAGCUACACCAGCGAUCUCAUGCGGUCGAGUGCCCUUUGUCUAGUAUGUGUGAAGUAUCGCUUUAGCAGAAAUGUUUUUGUUAAUAUUAGUAGUGUCAGCACUGUUUUGAUUAAUCCGGUGCUUUUGGUGAAUUUUAAUCAUCAGUGUCUGCAAAGGUUAUCUUUUGGUAUUUAACAAACAGUAAUAAUUAUUUUUGUUUAGUGAAAAUUAAUUAUCGUGUGCAUUAUGAAGUAAGAUCUUGAUCUAUAACAAACUGUGGUAGUUUUUUUGUGCCUGUUUGGCUCAAGUUAAUCCAUCUGUGCACGUUGUAAGAUUUAUCCUGAGUGUUGUUCGUGCUUUUUCGUGAAAGUAAAUCUGUUCCUGUGCCACCCUCUUUGAAAUACACAGCAGUCCAUAAGUAUUUGGACAGGGACACAACCUUUGUCAUCUUGGCUCUGUACUCCAGCACAUUGGAUUUGAAAUAAAACAACUGAUAUGAGGUUAAAGGGCACAUUGGCAUCUCUAAUUUGAGGGUGUCUACAUCCACAUCUGAUGACCAGUGAAGGAUUUAGAGCCCUGUUUAUACACAGGAAACAGAACAUGGGAACACCAACUCUCACUCUCAACUGAGCAACCGUGAUGAAAUAAACGAAUGAAACUGUAUACAGCCUGUGACCGAAUGCUCCUAACUCGAUCACUCCCAACUCAAUAAGAAGUCUCGCGCACGAAAGACGUUUCCAGCGCACAAGCACGCGCUCUGGAAGAGGAUAUAUCACCCAUUAGCUACCUCGGCUAGCGUCUGUGUCCCAGUGUGUGUAGUCUCCAUAUCUUUAUUUACAUACGUCGCAAGUUCGUUUCAAGUAGCAUUUUAAUUAUUGGGGCGAAACCUUUGAACAGUCUUCAAUUUGCAUAUAGACUCUAGCUACCUGCGAAUCAGACGACACUAGUUAAACACUUAGCAUUCACAUUUUAU